AUGUAUUUGAUUUAUGGCAUCCUACUGGAGGUGGCACAAAUGCCAGAGGAUGAUCCUUUGAAUGCAGAGACUGCUGGGGUAGACGAUGAUGUCAAUGGGAACCCUCUGUUGUCCUGGCAGCAAGGGGAAGGAAUGAGGGCUGAAAUGCUGGCGUUGGACAUGGAUGAGGCCCCUGUCAAUCACAACGAUCCCAGUAAAGAGCAGAAGUGCCUUGCUUCCUUAUUCCAACAAAGAUACGACGGAGGCCGGUUAAGCAUGCUAAUCGUGCCUCUUCACAUUGGCUGGCUCUGUCUGUGCUUGGCUUCUGCUGCAUCUCUACACGAGACAGCACCUACAGGGGACGAUGAGAAGAUAGUGAACAUAAAGAAGGUCCAACAUCUGCCGGUGGUCAGGGGAUUAUCGGACUCAGCACUCCUUCCCUGUGUCUUCUCCGUGCUUCCAAACUCGGCCAUUGACCCUUCAUUGCUCCCUGACCCCCCGCGCAUCAAGUGGACUAAAGUCUUGCUCGACGGUGGUAGCCGGAAGGAAAUCCCUGUGCUGGUCGCCAAGAACAACACGGUGAAGUUAAACCCGGCCUAUCAGGGCCGUGCCAGCCUGCCUGGCUAUGGCCCCUACCACUACAAUGCCAGCCUUGAGAUUGUCUCUCUGCAAGCAAGCGACACAGGCAUCUACCAGUGUGAAGUGGUUGUGGGGAUUGAUGAUGAGCAAGACACAGUGCCUCUAGAGGUUCUGGGGGUGGUGUUCCAUUACCGUGCCGCCAGCAACAGGUACUCCCUCACCUUUGAGGCUGCCUCACAGGCCUGUCUGGACAACUCAGCGAGGAUCGCCAGUCCCCAGGAACUACUGGCUGCAUUCCAGGACGGCUUCGACCACUGUGAUGCUGGCUGGGUUUCUGAUCAAACUGUCCGAUAUCCGAUUAGGUCACCAAGGCCUGGUUGCUAUGGAGAUAAAUUUGAAUACCCUGGCAUCAGAACGUAUGGAAUUCGAGAUCCUAGUGAGCAGUAUGAUGUCUACUGUUACAUCAAAGAACUUAAAGGCAAUGUAUUUCAUGAGACGACCACUCUGAAAUUGAACCUGACUGAGGCUAUGCAUCAAUGCCAGAUGCAGGGAGCUGAACUAGCGACUGCUGGCCAACUGUACAUGGCCUGGAGUCAGGGCUUCGAUCAGUGCGACGCUGGCUGGCUGGCAGAUGGCAGUGUGCGUUACCCCAUUAACAUUCCUCGAAGAAACUGCGGCGGAGAUAUGCCGGGCGUCAGGACGGUUUACCAACUCCCAAACAGGACGGGGUUUCCUGAUGCUGGCUCAAAGUAUGAUGCCUACUGUUUCAGAGUCCCUGAUAGGUGCAAGACAAACCCGUGCCUACAUGAGGGAACCUGUGUAUCCAACAGGACCGUCUACACCUGCAACUGUGUUCCGGGAUUUACUGGAGAAAACUGUGAGAUAGAUAUUGAUGAGUGCCAAUCCAGUCCCUGUGAAAAUGGUGCAACCUGUGUCGAUGGAAUCAAUUCCUUCACUUGUCUCUGUUUACCGAGCUACGCUGGCGGGUUGUGUGAGGAAGAUACGGAGGGAUGUGAUCACAACUGGCAAAAGUUCCUGGGCCAUUGCUAUCGAUACUUCUCCCACAGGCGCCUGUGGGAGAACGCAGAGAAGGAUUGCCGAGGGCAUGGGGCACAUCUUGUCAGCAUUCACUCAGCUGAGGAGAAGGAGUUCUUAAACAGUCUGGGUCGGGAGUACGCUUGGAUUGGCCUGAAUGAUAGGACGAUUGAGGAGGAUUUCCAAUGGACUGAUGGCUCUUCAUUGCAAUAUGAAAACUGGAGGGAAAAUCAACCAGACAGUUUCUUUGCUGGAGGAGAGGACUGUGUGGUCACUAUCAAACAUGAAAAUGGGAAGUGGAAUGAUGUACCGUGUAACUAUAACCUGCCCUACAUCUGUAAGAAGGGAACAGUGCUGUGUGGUCCGCCCCCAGUUUUGGAACAUGCUGUGACACUUGGAAGGAAGAAAGCUCGUUACGAGAUCCACUCGCUGGUCAGGUACCAGUGUGAGGAUGGUCUUAUCCAACGUCACAUCCCGACCAUCAAAUGUCACAGCAAUGGGAAGUGGGACAAGCCGAAAAUCCUCUGUCUUAACCGUGAGUGUUGA